AUGGCAGAGAAUUCAUCUUCUCACCGACGAUCCGGUCCUCGACCAAAUGUCGGAAACAAUUUACCAGUCGAAGGAAUGGUGGAAGAGGCCUCAGACGAUAAUGAGGUUCAAUCUAAUGGAGCAAAUAACCCCGUUACUCCAGGGAUAUUUCCCAUAAAUCCCGCCCAAUCAAUUCUACCACCGGGGGAAACUCCGAUAUCAUGGUAUGUCCGGUCACAAGGAGCAUUAAAUGCAGUGUAUACACAAUUGUGUGCUCAAACCGCUCCCGUAACACAAUCACGAAGGCCAGGAUCUAGAGCUCAUGCUUCUCAACGAGAAGAAUCGACGAAUGAUGGAACGAACAGCUAUGAGUCACAGCCUCGUCAAAGGCAAUCAGUUCAUGAUAGGUUGGGCUCCCCUUGGGAUGCCCACACCGAUGAAUCUGACCAAACGUAUCGUCUGAGCGCAAACACCAGCGUAUUCAACAGGCUGCACCCAAACUCUAACAAAUCCAGGCCUCGAGCGGUGUACAACCCUGAGGCAGAACAUAAUUACGACUUAGUUUACCGCCCUGCAGAAGCAGCGGAAAACUCGAAGUUUAUACUGGAAAUAGCUCUGGCUCCGUUAGAGAGGGCAAAAUUACCAUCUAACAUCGGCAAAUUCAAUGGGUUAACUGACCCCGACGAUCAUUUGAGGGUCUUCACCAGCGCAGGAUUAGUCGGCGGUUGGACUCUUCCGCUUUGGUGCCAUUUGUUUGUUCAAACAUUAACGGGGCCAGCGCGAAUCUGGUUUGAUAAUCUACCAACGGGGCAAAUCGAGUCAUGGAAAGACCUGCGCCAAAAAUUCUUAACACACUUCAGCCAGCAAAGGCGCUCCAUGCGGGAUACAUCUGAUGUCAUGAACAUAUGGCGUCGAGAUGAUGAGAAUUUGGAAAAUUUUAUAACCAGGUAUAAUAAGGAAGUAUUGGAGAUCGGUGGUGUCCACGAACAGCUAAUCCGCGCUUAG